UCCAUGGGGAGCCCGGAUUCGUCGUCCGGCUCCGCGCCGCAACGGCAUCAGCAACCACCGCCGCCGCAAAGGGGCUCGGCGCCGGAGCUCCCUCCGGGGUUCCGGUUCCACCCCACGGACGAGGAGCUGGUCGUCCACUACCUCAAGAAGAAGGCCGCCAAGGUGCCCCUCCCAGUCACCAUCAUCGCCGAGGUCGACCUCUACAAGUUCGACCCAUGGGAGCUCCCCGAGAAGGCGACGUUCGGCGAGCAGGAGUGGUACUUCUUCAGCCCGCGCGACCGCAAGUACCCCAACGGCGCGAGGCCCAACAGGGCGGCCACGUCGGGGUACUGGAAGGCCACCGGCACGGACAAGCCCAUCCUCGCGUCGGGGACCGCCCGGGAGAAGGUCGGCGUCAAGAAGGCGCUCGUCUUCUACCGCGGGAAGCCGCCCAAGGGUCUCAAGACCAACUGGAUCAUGCACGAGUACCGCCUCACCGACGGCUCUAGCUCCACCGCCACCGCCAACCGGCCGCCGCCCGUAACCGGCGGGAGCAGGACCGCCUCUCUCAGGCUGGACGACUGGGUGCUAUGCCGCAUAUACAAGAAGAUCAACAAGGCCGCGGCCGUGGAUCAUCUGCAGAGGAGCAUGGAGUGCGAAGACUCCGUGGAGGACGCCGUCACCGCGUACACGCCGUAUGCCACGGCGGGCAUGGCCGGCGCAGGCAGCAACUACGGCUCACUGCUCCAUCAUCACAGUAGCCACGAGGAGAAUAACUUCCUUGACGGACUGCUCACCGCAGAUGACGGCGGCGGCCUCUCUGCGGGCGCGGCCUCGCUGAGCCACCUCGCCGCGGCGGCGAGGGCGAGCCCGGGUACCACCAAGCAGCUCCUCGCUCCGUCGUCUUCGACCCCGUUCAACUGGCUCGACGCGUCCACGGUGGGGAUCCUUCCGCAGGCAAGGAAUUUUCCUGGGUUUAGCAGGAGCAGAAACGUCGGCAGUAUGUCGCUGUCCUCAACGGCCGACAUGGACAACGGCGGCGGUGGCGGCAAUGCGGUAAACACCAUGUCUGCAUUCAUGAGCCCUCUUGCCGUGCAAGACGGGGCCUACCACCAACAGCAUGUCAUCCUCGGCACCUCCCUGCCGCCAGAAGCCAGCGCCGCCGCCGCCUCUGGUUUUCAGAAUCAUCCCGUUCAAAUAUCCGGCGUGAACUGGAAUCCCUGA